AUGCCGUAUCUCCCGGAGCCCACCGCAAAUACACCAAAACCCACAGCCGCCCCAUUCCCCCCAGCUUCCAUCCCCAACUCCCACCUACCAACAAACUUCCCAGCAGACCUCACCUCCCCAACCGCCCUCCGAGUCCCCGCCACCUGGCGCUGUGGCACCUGCACCUCUGUCCACAGCAUCGUCGGCCUCCUCCUCCCCCCUUCGGCUUCCUCAACUCCCUCAACUCCCUCUCCCCCUUCACCUUCACUCUCACCCUCACCGUCAUUAGAACCCGAAUCUCCGUGCACUUGCGCCUGCCCCGCGCUACAGGCCGUGUACGACCAGUUCGGCGAACUAUAUCUCUUCUGGCGCGACGAUCCGGCCAUCUCAGAUUUGCGUCUACCACAGAUGGCGGCGGAGGCGAGGUGGCGGGUGUGGACGGCGGGAGGGGAUGAGUGGUGUGGGCUCGAAGGGUUGGAUAAGGGGCCGGUGGAUGUGAGGCCGAGGACGGGCAGAUCCGACUCUAGUGCAUCAAGUGAGCCAUCGGAGAACCCCAUGCGCCCCUUGUUCUCGGCAUAUUUGUAG